AUGCCUUCCAACACCGCAGCCUGGCUGGCUGCUGAAAAAGCUACUCCCCUCGAGGUGAAAUCCGCGCCAUACACUCCCCCUCGCGAGAAUGAGAUCGUCAUCAGAGCCCGUGCCGUCGCUAUCAACCCGGUCGACUGCUUCAUCCAGAUCAUGGGCAAUGCGCUGUUCUCGUGGCUCCAAUACCCGUUCAUCCUCGGGAGCGAUGUCGCCGGCGAGGUCGCGGAGGUCGGCAGCGGCGUCACGCGGUUCAAAGUCGGCGAUCGCGUUGUCGGGACUGGCAUCGGCAGGGUAACAAACAACCCGGCUGAAGGCGCUUUCCAGGAGUACGUCGUUGUCCUGGAGCACAUGGCCUCGCCCAUUCCAGACCGUGUAUCCUACGAGAGUGCUGCGGUUCUGCCCUUGGGUGUGUCAACUGCAGCAUGCGGUCUCUUCCAGAAGGAUUGUCUUGGUUUGCAGCUUCCGACUGUGCCACCAAAGCCCACCGGCAAGACGCUCCUGAUCUGGGGAGGCUCGACCAGCGUGGGCAGCAACGCGAUCCAGCUUGCUGUUGCUGCCGGGUAUGAGGUCAUCACCACUGCCUCGCCAAGGAAUUUUGACUACGUCAAGAAACUCGGUGCGAGCCAGGUGUUCGACUACCACAGCGAGACGAUCGUCGACGAGCUGGUCGAGGCAUUCAAGGGCAAGACCUGCGCCGGUGCCUUUGCCAUCGGACAAACAGCAUCUGUAUCCUGCGUGGAGGUCGUGGCGCGGACAGAAGGCACCAAGUUCGUCGCCCUGGCGAAUCCUCUGCCGGAGGGCCACGUUGUGCCAGACGGAAUUGGCACCAAGUUCUUCUUUGCCAGCGACAUCAAGGACAACGAGGUCAGCCACGCGAUCUAUGGGGACUUCUUGCCCAAAGCCCUUGCGGCUGGCACCUAUAUUUGUGCUCCGGACCCGGAGGUUGUCGGGAAGGGCCUGGAAAAUAUCCAGCCUGCUUUUGAGAUUCUGAGGAAUGGCGUGUCUGCUAAGAAACUUGUUGUUUCUUUGUAG